GUCAUUUAAUCAAUAUCUCUGUCCUUCACAAAAAUUGUUUUGUUGGUUUAUCAAAUUUAUUUGAUUUUUCUCUUCAAAUCUCUGCAGUAUAUGCUGCUAUCGCUUAUGCCUUAUUUGAAGUUCUCCCAUUUACUAUGCAUAGUGGAUUGUUACGUAAGGUAACGGUGUAGAAAAUACCACGUACCUCAAAAGUUUUCAUAAAUAGGUAGAUAGUUUAUUCACCAUCUUGAUUCAUUCGUGCUGACUUAUCUAAAACAUUCGAUAGUAUUGCUGAACCAUAGCCCCGGCUCCACCACCAUGAACAGGAAGACUAUAUGUCCAGCCACAGGCAAAGACAUGAAGGUAAUCGUCGUGGGCGACGGCAUGGUAGGCAAGACGUGUCUCCUCGUCACCCACAUCAAAGGCGUCUUUCCAAAGGACUACGAGCCAACUGUAUUCGAGAACUACAAGCACGAACAGGUCAUCGGCGACACGACCUACGUCAUGACCCUCUGGGACACCGCUGGCCAAGAGGGGUACGAGAAGUUAAGACCUCUUUCAUAUCCUCUGACUAGCGUGUUCAUAUUGUGCUUCAGUCUCGAUCGAAUGUCCAGCUUCGAGAACCUUUCUAAGACAUGGAUACCUGAACUGAGAGCGCACAGCGACAAGAUUCCUAUUCUUCUUGUUGGCACCAAGAAGGACUGCCGUGGAACUGACGGUCUAAGUCCUAAACUGGGCGAGAAUUUGUGUCGCAAGAAAGGCCUGCUGCAGUACCUGGAGUGUUCCGCACGCACCCAGGAAGGCCUCAAAGAAGUGUUCGAAGCGGCGGCUCUUGCCGCUGCCGGCGAGUUCAAAAAGAGCUCAAAAACUUGCAGUAUUUUGUAGUCUUUAUUAAUCAUUACCAUGGCAGUAUUUGCUUGCUUCGGUGGAGUUUCAUGUAACAGUAAUUUUUUAUGGUAUCUGCGGAAGAUUUACUAUUGGUUGGUAUUCUUAAUUGGCACUUGUUCUUGACAUCGAAGCGUGAUCUUAGGAGUGACUGUUGCCUCUCUGUGGCAAGCAAACGGUGAUGCAAUUUUGGGUUUUGGCAUCGCCGCAACCGUUGAUGUGGAGUCGCGCUGUUGUAGUUGUUCUUUCGUCGGUUAUGAAACGGAUGGCUACUGGGGCUUUUUUUGCAAUUGUGACUUAGUUGCAGCCUAUCGGACCUUGGAACUGAAAAAUUUAUUGGUAUGUUUCUCUCUAAACAUCCAAGUCCAAACUGCAUAAAGACGACUUUUCGAAGUCUUAUUGCUAUGUCAACGUCUCAUGCAAACUAUAGCUGGCCCUACUGCUAGUUUUGGAAAUACUUAUUCUCAGUCGGUAUGUCGUUACUGUUGUAAUUGCGCACUUAGUUCCACAGCAGCGUCAACACAAGUCUGGCAGAGGCGCUAUCUGCACUCGCGCUUACCAAGUGUGUGUGACUGUUUCAAAUUGUGGAACCAUAGUGCCCUGGUCGCUUGCGAGAGCUUGCCAGCUAGGCAUUGACCUUCAAUGCUGAAUUCUAAUAUUUUUGAGAGAAAUUUGCUUAGAUUAGGAUUAACUUGCAGUGUGAUUUAACCUCAAUUCCUCGAAAAUAACACACAUGCUUACUUCAUAAUUGCCCGUGAUUGUUGUUCCCAGUUGUAGUCUUCCUAUCUGGCUGUGCUGCGACUGCUAUGUACCAUAAAUAUAAAAAUAUUUAUAGUUGUAACAUGUAUGCACCUCAUGUACAGAUCUUGUUGUGAUCAUAAAAGAUAUAUUGAAGUCAAGCAUCGCUGAUUUCUACUUUCUUUAACUGGGCUGUGUUUUGAAACCAGUUUCUGGACAGAAAUCGUGAAUCCCUUCAGAAAUGUAUACUUGAUUUGAUGCGUAGAUUUCCAAAUGCAGACUUCUGCAAUUUUACUUAAACUUCCACUAAAUGUCAAGUGGAUGAGAAACGAACUCAAUAUCUCAAUAUCUUUGAGUUGUGUAAACAAGAAAUCGGUGCCUUCUAUCGUGGCUUUCUGUGAAGAUGAGCAUUUAUUAGUGUACAUAUUUGAAAACCGUUUUAUAUAAUGAGGUAGCAUGAAUAUAUGCUCGGUACCACGCGGACCAUCUUUACUGUGUACGAAUGUUUAAACGGAAUUCUCUAUAAUAAGUGUUUGUCGACUGCCGGUGUCUUAGUAUUUUAGUGAAUAGUCUCCUCGUCUUGUACUGCUCGUUAUGUUUUUCAUGUAUGAUAACUGCGUCAACGAUCGUAUCAUCAAAUCACGAGUUGUGAUUUAUGUACAUGUCGAGCAGAAAUCGCGGAAUUGCCGAUUCCAUGGAAUCUGGUGCCAGUUUGCCGAAUUUGUAGAAUCAGCAUUUCGUUGCUGAUUCAGAAAACCGGAAGUUAGAGUUCGAGAGAUUUCCGGUGUCGAUUUUAGAGCCGGUGUCGAGAUUUCCAACAAACUUCACUUUAAGCCCUUUAAGUAAAACUAAGAAAGUCGAAAAUAUUUACUAAUGUAAGAAAGUCAAAAAAUAUUCAAAAUUAACAUGUUUAACAUUUAAAACAAAUUAUCUUCAACUCUCGUACUUCACUUUCCACCGUAGGAUUACAAAACUAAAAUUUGAAGCGUGUGUCACUUGACAUGGAACAAGACUAGCGAAACUAGGCAACUGACGACAGCAGUCUCAGCGUCUGCUCAUGUUGGGGAGUCUAAUAUGGGUGGGGACAUUUUACAUAUCUAGCAACAAAUUUUGCGCAGCGAAGUGAAUGAAAUUAAUAAAAACCUUGAUGAUACGUAAUAAUGAAAUAAAAACCGUAAAUCAUGGACUAAGUUUUAUCAUCGAUGUCGUUUGAACCACCGAAUAAAAUUAGUAUUAAUUUGUUCCAAAAGUUGUGAGGUGACAUGAUAUUUACGCCGAGAAGAGUCAUGCCCAGCACCCACAACGUCGUCCAUUGAAUAAAACAAUCUUAAUAAACAGACGAAUAAAAGAAUAAGGUGAACCGCACUAAAACAUCACGUCGACAUAGAAUAUCCAAAUUUUGAAGACCUGGGCCUAUACUUUCAAAAAAAGUUAAGAGAUCGUA